GCCAAACCUAUUUGGUGUGGAGAAGAUUUAAAAUCGGUAAAUUGUAGAUGAACUUAAUCGAGGGAGACUGAGACAGAGUAGAAACAGCCAUGGCAUCGGGAGCGUCAACACCGCCGUAUCCAAGCGCUGCUAGAAUCUCCGAUUCUCAAUGUUAUCCUCAGUACACUGCCUCUUUAAAGUGUCUAGAAGAAUAUAACUCGGACAAGAGCAAAUGUCAAAAGCAUUUUGAUAUUUACAAAGAAUGCAAGAAACAGGAGAGGCUAGCUCGAUUGGAACGUAACAAGAGUAGGUCUCUUUUCUCAUGAAACUCUUCAGGAUUUCUGCUCGUAUCGUAGGGCGCAAAAGUUAGUUUUGUGCUCAGGGGUGGUAUUAGAUUUAUAGAGUGCUAUACUUGAUACCGUGACAAAUGUAGAGCAGGCUCAAUUCAAAUUCACACGUAUUUGUUCAGUCAAUCCAUGUUUUCAUUGAGUA